AUGGGAGGUGCGCCCACCGACGUGUCGGUCGGUUCUGGCAAGAACGCGAAGAUUUUGGCGAGGGAGUUCGGGUGCAAGAAGAUCAUGCGUGAGCUGUACACCAUGUACGGUGAAAAUCGCUCCUUUGUGGACAAGGAGAAAGCGGUGGUAAGCUCGAGCUGGAAGGAUCUGGUCUGUUUUGCCGCGGCGCCGCUGGGCAUCAAGCCGACUGCCCACUUCUGCCGGGCCAGUGUGCGCGCCCAGGUCAUGGACGCCUGGGGGGUCAGGAACAGGUGCUUGGAGUUGUUCGCUGAUGUGCAGAAUGCGGAGUGGUGUCUUUAG